AUGGGUCGGGCUCGGGAAGUGGGUUGGAUGGCAGCAGGACUAAUGAUUGGGGCUGGUGCUUGCUACUGUGUUUACAAACUGACCAUAGGAAGAGAGAACACUGACAAGUUGGAGGAGGAAGAGGAGGAGGAAGAGGAAGAAUGGGACAAUGAUGAGGAACUGGAUGAGGAAGAGCCCGAGAUGUGGUUUGACUUCACAACUAUGACUCGGCCCUGGAGUGAUGAUGGAGACUGGACUGAACCUGGGGCCCCAGGUGGUAAUGAGGACAGGCGCUCAGGUGGGGGCAAGGCUAACCGAGCACACCCAACAAAACAGCGUCCGUUCCCCUAUGAACAUAAAAACACUUGGAGUACUCAAAGCUUUAAAAAUGUCAGCUAUGUUGUUGACCUCUCCAAGAGUCCUUUCAUUCAGGUAAAAGUGUUUGCUCAGCCCACGGAUGCCAGUUUUUCAUGUAGUCACAGUAUCAGUAGUCAUUUGUCUAGCCUCUCCAUGGUUGGAAACAUGAUCCCCAAUGCAAACCCCACUGUUGAGGAGAAGGCUUUCUGUGCGCUGGGGAACUUGAACGUGAGUGCUGAAAAUCAGGGCCAGAUUAAGAUGUACAUCAACCAAGUGUGUCGCGAGACUGUGUCUCGUUGCCACAACUCAUUUCUGCAGCAGGCAGGAUUAAAUUUGUUAAUAAGCAUGACAGCUAUUAAUAACAUGCUUGCCAAGUCCCUUUCAGGCUUGAAGUUUCCUUUGGUAGUGGAGGGAAGUGGACAUGCUAAGGCUCAGGUGUUGAAACCGCUAAUAGGCUUGUCUGAAAAGCCAGCCUUGGCAGGGGGGUUGCUCGGGGCCCACGUGCUGUUGUCAUUCAUUCCCCUCUUUAUCAGAAAUGGAAACAGAGAGAUUCUCCUGGACGUCCUGGCCCCUUAA